AAUAUUUCAAAUGACUCUUGAGACAUGUAAAGAGGAAGUUGGAGCCACAACAGCUGAUAUACAGGAUCUAUUAAACAGACAACCACCAUCUACAGUGACGGGAAAAUGUUUUCGUUCCUGUCUUAUGAAAAAAUAUAAAGUUAUGGACUCUGAUGGAAAAUUUGAUAAAACGGCUGCUUUAGAAGAGGCCCGAAAAUUAACCAAUGGAGAUGUUACCAGAAUGCAAUUAGUCCAGUCUUUGCUAAAUGCAUGCAGUGAAAUUGAAGUGUCUUCUGAUGAUUGUGAGGCAGCAGCCGAGUAUGGUCACUGUUUUAGGGAACAAGUCAAAGUUUUAGGAUUACCACAACAUUAG